AUGAAUAAAAGCAAAAGAAGAUGCUAUUUCAGUAAGAGCCCAGCAUCUGAAAUUUCUGAAUAUGUUGGCUGUCCACUGGCUCAUCUGGGAUAGAGUGUUUGUGUUUUACAAAUCAGCCUGAUUUUUUCUUUUGUGUCUGACAUCCAUAUUCCUGAUGUGAACCACCCUGGUAAGGCAGAAUGGGGGGAUGAGGGGGGCUUGAAGCACCCCAGUGAGCUAUUCGGGAAGUCCAGAAGGCUCCAGAGCCAGCCAAGUCUUGCCAGGUGGCUGCGGAAAGUCAGCCCCAGUCCUUAUGAUCCUGGAGCUGGAGCACGUCCAUCCAGGCAGUGUUAUGAACCAGAUCCAGGUGGCUGGGCCAAGUCCCCGAGGCUAUCCCUGGGACCAGAAGGUAUAACCAGAGGGAAGCAUGGAUGUAAAUUCCAGGGCAUAAGACAAAAGCUCAUCAUAUCUGAGAAGAAGGAGCUGAAAAUGACUUUUUAAUAAAUGCUGGAAGGACACUGUCUCAUACUGAACUGCCUAUAAUAAAACUUAAGAAGUGCCUGAUUUUUGUUUCUGUCUGUGCCCUGUGGAGCACAUGUAACUUCAAAGGCAACUCUGCAGGGUGCAGGGAGAAAAGAUCAUGGUUUUACUUCUAAUUUUGGCACAAAUCCUCCAAACUAUUUUUGAUGGCUAGGAAACAAAACUUACAGUCCAUCUAGAUUCACUUGCAUUUAGCAGGCCCACCUUUGUUUUCCUGCAGCGACAGUUUUCAUUUCUUUAAUGUGUGCAUUCUCCCUACUUUGAGGCUUUAUUCUGUAGGAAAAAGACUAAGGUGACCCUAGAUGAUUUCAAGUGAAGCCUGGGACAGCCUGGUUCAUCAGUUGCCCCGCCCCUGUGCCGUUCCCCACAUUUUUUCUUCCCACCAUAAUAAAUGUCUUCAGAAUUUAAAACAGUGAUAUGGAUAAACAACAAAGUCGUACUGUAUAACACAGGGAACUACAUUCAGU